GCCAAAUUUGUAAAGUGCGGAAGGCUCGAAAACAAAACAACAGCAAAACCGUCCGGCUUCGAUAUAUUUCUCGCUGAAUUUCCGAUUUAUACAUUCAAAAGUCGCUCUGCAAAAUGUCCGAACAAGCAGGUUAUUCGCCGAGCUUCAAGCGACCGGCUGAAAUUAUGCGUAUGAGGCGGAAAAGAGCCCGAAGCGAGGCCGGUCUCGUCGCUAGCCCGAGCGGCCAGGGAUCCGCUGCUAACCCGGGACAGAGUGGCUCAUCCCCGGCCUGCGUACGGCCGUUCUCCCCGGGCCCGCUGUUCACCCAGACCCGCUCCGGAGGUGGAGUAAAACGCAGGAACCCCUUCGCAAAUAUCGAAAAUACCUACAACAGCCCGAAAAAGAGACUCGUCAUCUACAGCGACGACGACCAUGCCGACGUUUCGGAUGCAGCCAAGCCGAAGAAGUGGACAGAAACGGAGGGAGAGAGCGACGCGUCGACGGGGAAGGUGCACCAGUCCUCUCUGCCUUUUAGUGAGAGGUUGAUCGAAGCGGAGAAACAAGAAAAGCAACAGGUUUCGAGCAAGAAGUGUCUAACUUUCUCUGAAGAUGACUCUUUGUUUGAUGAAGAUGUAAAGGAAGAGGAGAAAAGUCCACUGCUGAAGAGUCCCCAGGCUAGCGCUCCUGCCUCCAUAGCGCCCCCUGUCUGCAGGGAGUAUCCAGCAGACUGGAGCCUGAAGACGCGCCUCCUCUUCACCUCCCCGCUGCCCCUGUCCUGGGCGGAACAGCCCAAAGCCCAGGAGGAGGCGCUGGGGCUCAGCCAGCACUGCAGAGGUCACUACAGCACCCUGCCACACAGUGUGCCGGAUCCCAGGUCUUGCUCAGAGCUGCGUUGUGCCUUCCAGCAGAGUCUGGUCUACUGGCAGCAUCCCUCCCUGCCCUGGAUGUCUCUGUUCCCCAGGAUCAAUGCAGAGAGGAACUUCGCUGGGAAGAGCACCCCCUGGGCACAAGAUCCUGCACUGCAGCAGAGUCUCAUGAGCGAAUGGUCGGUCAGUCUGUCGUCUCUGUACAGCCUCCUGAAGGCCAGACUGUGCCCGUACUUCUACCUCUGCUCCUAUCAGUUUACCGUCCUGUUCCGGGCUUCAGGUCUCGGUGGAUCCGGCAGCAUCACCGCCCUGCUUUCUCCCACAACCAGAGGGCUCAGAGAGGCCAUGAAGGCCGAAGGAAUCGAGUUCAGUCUGCCCCUAGUGGAGGAGAGGAGGAAGAGCAGGGAGCAGCAGAGCCCAGCAGUUCAGAGACAGGACGAGGAUGGAGACGAGUACUCUGUGCUGAAAGAUGGUGAUGAAUGUCAAGGCGACAAUGAGAGGGAGGAGGAUGAUUAUGGCGAUGAUGAAGAUGGCAGCCUCUCCUGGCUAAAGGAAAUGGGAGUUGAGGACAAAAUCAAGAAACCAGACAGCCUGUCUAUACAACUCCGUAAGGAGCGCCACUCGGUGUCUCUGGACCACAAGCCGGAGUCCGUGGUGUGUGUGGAGGGAACACACACCUUCACCCUCAUCAACUUCCUCAUCAACUGCAAGAGCCUGGUGGCCGGGGCGGGGUCGCAGGCCGGGCUGCCGCCAACACUGCUGGCACCAACCUCCUUCAAAGGAGCCACCAUGCACACACUGAAGGCCCGCAGUGUGAAUGCGAAGACCCAGGUGGGCUCUUCCUACCAGGACAUCAGCAGUCUGGAGAUCACAGGCCCUGUCCUCCCCUCCUCCCUCCACGCCAUCACCACCCUCCUGCGGCCCGCGCAGAAAGGAGGCUUCUCGGCCGCCCUGUACACACACGCCCCCACUGCCGUCAUGAACACACACACCACCAAGCAGCCAAGUGUCGGUGGGUCAGGCGACCUGUCUGGCUGUGGUCUUCAUCCUGCCACCGUCCAGCAGCUCCAGCAGCCGUCCAGCCUGGGGAAGACGGCCCUGAGACAAAUAACCAUGACCAACUACAACUACACCUGGAAGAACUGAGCCUGUGUGUGUGUGUGUGUGUGUGUGUGUGUGUGUGUGUGUGUGUGUGUGUGUGUGUGUGUGUGUGUGUGUGUGUGUGUGUGUGUGUGUGUGUGUGUGUGUGUGUGCGUGUGUGUGUGUGUUACCCCUCUGAAGACUGCCCUUGGCCACUUCCAUGCCGGGAAAGAUGAUCCUGACAAAAACAUGAAUACCGGCUUUUAGAAGUUCAACCAGAGCUUGAAGUGUGUUCCUUGUUAAAUGCCUUUUUAAAAUGUCUUUAAUUGUAAUUGUAAUUGCACUGCACUGUUUUUAAUCUUCCUUGUAUGCUGUGACAAUAUAAUACUUGACUGGUUUGACUUUUUUGACAUGGUUAAUAGGGUAGUUUUAGAUAUUAUAAGGGAAGAUCUAAAUUUUAAAAUGAUUUUUCAAUUAUUAUAUUAUCAUUUUAAUUUUUACAUUGUAUUUUGACAUAAUCGCUUUUUUGCCUGAGAUUUUGUUAUGUUCGACACUGCAGCAAAAUGAAAUGAACAGUGGACUGUUGUGUUGUGUUGGUUCCGCCACUGCCUUUUUCAUUAAUUAAAGGGUUAAUAUUACACCCUUACUCCGGUUUAGUAUUUUCAUUUUCGUCAGCUAUUAAAAUACAUUUGCAUGUUUGCA